AUGGCUACCCCGAAUUCGAACAUCAAUGCUCCAACUGAGCAGACUACUACCACAAUUCGCGAUGAAGGUGGCAACCGCACCACCAACCCCGGCAAAAGCGCUCUCAGGCCAUCCGCUGCCAUACCCAAUAAUAACCAAAGCAGUGGUAGCAAGCCACCAAAGAGAACUAAGAAGAAGUCGAUAAUCGCCACUGCUGCUGUGGUGAAGAAAGAACAACAGCCAGCGCAGAAUGAUUCUGAGAAACAGCUGCCAAGCAGCAAGUCCACAAAGAAGAAGAAAAAGGCGAAGAACAAAAACAAGAGCGAAGGAGACGACAGCGGCACAAAUCGAACCAAAGACAACAACGGAAAUAACACAUCGAGUAGUAGCAACCCCAAUGUUAGCAACAGAGGCGGUAACAGCACCAACACACCCGGUCGUCACGGUCAACCCCCCACUAUCCCAUGCGACUGCGGCAGGAAAUUCCAAACCCUGGGUGCGCUGCGGACGCACCGCGAGAACGCGAAGGCACACGGCCCGUUCCGUGACAGGCCGGCUAUGGUGCUUAUGAAGGCUUUGGGAGAGGCUCCGCCAGCUUUAAUUGAGGGGGCGCGGCUAAACAACGUUACCGUUGGUGGAAAUGGUGUAUUGGAAAGGGAGGAGGGAGAGGGGACAAACGUGCAUCUUUGCGAGUGCGGGCGCGUUUUCGAUACCUGGGCUGAGGUGUACAAACACUUGCCCGGCUCAUCAGUACACACGCCCGGGAGUCAGGUGGCCGUGUACACGGGGAAAGCCCGUCGCCGGGAGGAAGAGGGUAAAGAUCAAGAGAAGGAGCAAAAGAUGAGAGAGGAGGGUUCGAGUUCGUCAUCGAGCCGAAAGUCCAGGAGCGUUAAGAUUGCUGCCAAUGACGCGAAAAGUAGUGGUGCUGAGGAUCGUUCAUUGAAGGGCGGCGUACAGUGCAGUUGUGGGAAGACUUUGAAGGACGCGAAAGCGCUGCGCAACCACCAGCGGCAAUCUGCAAAGCACAGAUCGUCACCUGAGACUGCAGCAGGAGACUCAGGCUCGAAGCAGAAGCAGACAAGUACUACCAACCCCAUUUCCGCAAACCAGGCAGCCGAGACGAACGCUUUACCCUCCUCUUCCUCGGCAAAAAAGGCGAAGCCCCCCAAGCCGAAGUAUCACAGUCAGCGUGACCGUCCAGGUCGAAGUGGUGGUGGAGGUGGAGGUGGAGGUGGCGGAGGAUCUGGAGGAAGUUCAUCCUCAGGGUAUGGCUACACCAGUGGAAAUUUUGGCUACGGCUACGGUUACGGCUACGGUUUUGGAGGCGGAUAUGAUUGGGGUCUUUGCGAUAAGGACUGUGGUUGGUGUGGCCACUGCAUGGAUGGAGUUGACAUCUGA